GUCACCCUGUCUCACCGCUUGCACCCCUGCACUGGCAGGAGAGGGUUGCUGGGUUUGCACCCGGCUGGGGCGGGAGCGGGAGGGAGGGGGGGAAGAGAUCUGGAUUUUUUUCCCCCCCUCCCUUAAGCAGAGCCACAAUGGAAAACAGGAAGGAGAUGGUGAUGUUUCUGGAAGGGACACAACUUGGCGCUCUAGUUGGCAAGAGGGUGCCUAAUUUGUCCGAAGCAGUGGGGAGCCCCGCUCCUGAGCCGCAGGAGAAGAUGAUCCAUCGGAACUGCCUCAGCCCCAGACCUGGCCCCUUGUCGUCCCGGGAGAGAGGAGGAGGAGGAGGAGGAGGUGGCGGAGGAGAAGACGAAGAGGAGGUGGAGGUGCUGCCAGGGACAGGGACGGUGCCGGAGAGCCGCUCGGCGGCGGCAGCACUGCUUUCGGCCGGACAGCAGCCCCCCGCCCCGGAGCCCCCCUCCAGCAAAGGCCAGCAGAGCAGCUCGGACACCGAGUCGGAUUUCUAUGAGGAAAUCGAGGUGAGCUGCACCCCGGACUGCGCCACGGGGAGCGCCGAGUACCAGCACAGCAAAGGGCCGUGCUCCGAGGCGCUGGCCGGCAGCCCCGGCGGCGGGGGGGAUCACCCCAAAGGCAGCGGCGGCGGCGGCUCCCAGGGCUCGCUGGCCUGCAGCGCCAGCGACCAGAUGCGCCGGUACCGCACCGCCUUCACCCGUGAGCAGAUCGCCCGGCUGGAGAAGGAGUUUUACCGGGAGAACUACGUGUCCAGGCCCCGGAGAUGUGAGCUGGCGGCUGCUCUAAAUCUGCCAGAAACCACCAUCAAGGUUUGGUUCCAGAACCGCAGGAUGAAGGACAAACGGCAGCGCCUGGCCAUGACCUGGCCUCACCCGGCCGACCCGGCGUUUUAUACCUACAUGAUGAGCCACGCGGCGGCCACCGGCAACCUGCCCUACCCGUUCCCCUCCCACCUGCCCCUGCCCUACUACUCCCACAUGGGCAUCGGCGCCACAUCGGCCUCGGCCGCCGCUCCCUUCAGUACCCCCCUGAGGCCGCUGGACACCUUCAGGGUCCUCUCCCACCCCUACCCGAGACCAGAACUGCUCUGCGCCUUCAGGCACCCCUCUCUCUACCCUGCCCCGACCCAUGGACUCAGCGGCGCCGGGGGCAACCCCUGCUCCUGCCUGGCUUGUCACAGCGGCCAGUCCAACGGGCUGGCGCAGAGACCCUCCGGCUCAGACUUUACCUGUUCGGCCACAACCAGGACUGACUCUUUCCUCACUUUCACGCCCUCUGUGCUGAGCAAAGCCACCUCAGUUUCCAUGGACCAGCGAGAGGAAGUACCUUUAACGAGAUAAACGUUCGUCUCAGGGUUAUUAAAAAUUCGCCCCUUUCCCGGGCUUCUCUUCGAGUUAAUGUACCUACAGCCGAUGUUUAUUUAAUCGUGUUCUCUCCCCAGAAGUGGACACCUACGGAAAAAAAAACCUAAAAGUAGCUCAGUCUUAAAAGGAUUUACAUUCAUUCCAAGGGGUGGGGGUGGGGGUGAAGAAGGAAAUAAAUGACUAGGGUUUUAUCUCCGAGAAGGAUUUUAGGCACGGAAGAGGAAGGAAACUAACCCGAUUGAAAUAACGCUUCGGUAACCUAUAGAAAUGAGCUGGGACUUUCUUUUCCAUGGAUAGACUUCUUACCAAGGGCUGGGGCGUCUGCGGGUCACAGCGACAAACCUUAUGCACAAACCUACGAGGCGGAGAAGGAAAAUCUGAAAUACUUGAAAGAAACAUUAUCUCGAUAACGAAAUGGCUUGUGCGCAUGGAGGAAGCAAAGAUGUAACUACCAGAGUGUUCAGAAAAUAAGAACAACGAGCAAACAGCAAAACCAGAAGGGUUCUGGAUUGCAACUCAACAGUAUUAUCCAGUUAUCUCUAUAGAGAAAAACAAUGCUUUACCAUAAAGAAAAACUGACAUUCUGUACAUUACUUUCGUGGUUUAAUUGCAUUCUUUACUCUCCCUCGUCUCUUCCUUCGUUUCGAGCAGAAAUCCAGCAUUUCGUCUCCUCUUUCAUUCCAACUUUUAUUUUUAAGAGGCAGACUGGAAUUGGCAGGGAAAAAAUACGAGCUCCUGCCUCUCUGGGUCAGAGCUAUUUGUCCUUUAAAUAACAAUGUCCUAUUAUCAGUAGCUGAAAUGUGCCCACGCUGACGAAAUUAGCAAGUGAUGUAUAUGUAAGGAGGGUUUUUGAAUAUCGAAUGUAUAAUGGUCUGUGAGCAGAGACCCCGUGCCAAACGCUAACAAGCCGCCAAGGGAAGAGAUUAGGUGACAGGGAGCACAACUCCUUCAGACAAUCACCAGUCUGUAAAUUGGAGCAAAGGCGAUUUCCCUUCCUUUGUACUUCAGCCUUCAGUUCUCUCAUUUCCUUGCUGCGUUUUUUUUUUUUUUAAAUUAUUUAAUUCAUGCGUUGGGUUUUGUGUUUCCUUCACCACCCAAAAUCUUUGCAUUUGUAAGUGUCCUUCACACUGGUCCCUCUUCCUUCUGAAUAUUUCUUUCACAAGCAACUCCCUUCCCCCCACCGCCCCCCGCCCCUUCAGGUAUUUCGGAAGGAUGUAACAUCAUUGUUUUUGCUUUGAUUUCUGUCAACCUAAAAUUAAAAAAAAAAAACAAACACAACACCCCACGGGCACCGGGCUGGGUAGCAGUUUCUUCCAAAACCGCAAUUGUUUAUUUCAUUCUAUUUUAAAAUAGCCCAAAGAAUAAACUGUCAUAAUUUGAUACAACAAUAACACCACCAACAACGAGCACAUGUUAACAACAUAUCCCGCAUAUUUUAUUGUGUUUGUUUAGAAAAGCAAAACAAAACAGUAAAAGUGUUGCUUAAGACGAAUGUCACCUUCGUGCAGUUUCUAAUAGUUACAGUUCACAAGCAGGAAAAUAAAUGCCGGACAGAACAAAGACGGGCUGACACCUCCGCUCUCUACUUUGUGUUAAAUUGCUGAGGAGCCUCUGGUUUAUUGUCGCACCGGAGACUUUUUGUCCUUAGGACAGGGAGUGAAUAGCAGCGUUUCCCUAUAGCGGAUGGAGAGGAGGGAAGAGACACGGGCGUGCCAGGACAUAUUUUUUUCCAAUUAAAAAAAAAAAAAAAAAAAGC